AUGCUGGACAACUGGAACAUUGGCACGACUCGGUGGCUACGAGAGUGUGUCUACGAUCGUGUGCCCCGGCGCUUCGCCGUUGUCGCGGUUUUCUUCGUCUCCGCCUUCUGGCACGGUUUCUAUCCCGUCUACUACUUCUGCUUCCUCUCUGCAGCUCUCCUUACCAUGACUGGAAGGCUUUGCCGAACGCGGUUGAGACCCUGUUUCAUUGAAAGCUACUGGUACCACCGUCUUUACGACAUUGUCACUAAUCUCGCUGCCCUCUUCUCUCUCAACUACCUCGGAAUGGGAUUCUUCCUUCUCGACACCUCGCUGGCUCUCAAGUUGUGGGGGUAG